CUGCCUACGGUGGCCCGCGAGGCUUUCCCCCUCCGUCUGUUGUGGGAGCGCAGCUCUGGCGCGGCUUGAUUCAUAAAUAUUGAUGUUUUAGUGUGUGACGUUCUCAGUGUAUUUGACCUCUUUUUCUUCCUGGUAAAGCAAGAGUUGAGAAUCAGAUGGCAUGGCAUCAAUCACCUUGUGGAGGAACUUCUGUCAUCUCGCUGAUGUCCGGUUGUGUGGAGGAGGUCUGUCUGCUCUGAAAAGUCGCCCUGUAAAUCCCAUUAACCAGGCAGUGAGGGGGCAUCUGCAUGCUUGGUUCUGUUCCCUGCAGCCUGAACCUCUCAGGGUGGUGUCCCUUCCUGCCCGCGGGAAGAAGUUCCAUUCAGAGAAUGGGAAUGACCUUCACCCACUGGGUGAGCAGAGGUUCUCUCAAGUGCACAGCUGGGACAGGCUUGACCGAAAUCUUAACAGCGAAGACGAACAGAUGUUUUACAGGAGACUAAACAGCCUGACCUCGUGGGAAGAGGUGUUAAGUUUCAUAAGCACACUGGAGGUUCUGCCUGAUGCUAUGGCUGCAGGAGCUUUGCAGCGCAUUUGUGAAGUGGGAAAAGGAGAUGGUGAUCAAAGGCUGCCAAAGGCAAUACUAGAGAAUAGCAUCUUCCAAGCUUUGUGCUUUCGGUUUGAACAGCAACCCGCGCUUCUGUCAAACACUGGUCUGGUGACUACUUUGCAAGCUCUGGUUCUGUUGCAUGCGGAUCAUCAGAGUAGCCUGAUCCUAAGCCUGGUGGCGGAAUGCCAGAAACGUCUCCAAACUGGUGUCCUGGAAGCUGCCGAUCUUUGCAUUCUUGGGGAAACUCUGAUUAGACUGCAAGGCCCAGGUUGUGUGAUGCUAGAACUGAUUUUACAUCAACUGCAAAGUAAAAGACUGGAAACAUUUACCCCAGAAAAUACUGUGGCCUUUUAUAGAAUACUGCAGACGCGUGCUGAAAAAGUAGACCAACACCAAACGUUUUUAAAUAGGAUAAACAACUUCUCUCUUUCUGUCAUUCACUGCCUGAGUCCUAAGUCAGUCAGCCAAAUGCUGGCUGCCCUGGUGGUCCUUGAUCAGACUCAAGCAUGGCGUCUCAUUAUGAAAUUGGGUAAAUAUGUCGUGAGGUACAUUCCUCAUUUCAACAAUGAAGAACUCGGGAAAGUCUUAGAGGCUUUCACAUAUUUUGGAUACAGUGACAGGUUUUUUACAAAGGCCCUGGAGGAGCAUGUAGCAUCACACUGCCUCAGCCUGGACCCAGAAGUUGUCAGUAAAGUCAUGGGAUACUGCAGUAGAAACCUGAUUCUUUCAAAACCCAUUCUUAAUGCAGUGGCAGAAACUUUUGUUUGCCAGUCGGAAAAAUUUUCACCUGCUCAGAUUUCUGAAUUAAUCGAACCGUUCGGCAAACUCAAUUAUUUGCCACCAAAUGCCUCUGCCUUCUUUAGGAAGCUAGAAAAUGUGCUGUCCAUGGAUUUCAAUCAUUUUCCACCCAAAAUGCUCCUGCGAGUUCUCCAUUCCUGUUCGCUUGUUGAAUGCCACCCUGUCAACUUUAUGGCAAAAAUAUUCAGCCCGUUCUUUCUUCAGCAGCUUCAAGGUGAAGAGUCAUAUGUGGACAGACUGAGCCUGGCACGACUGACCCAACUUUUCCUCACGUGUGUCCUAGAGUGCCCUUUCUAUAAGGGUCCGAAACUUUUUCCUAAGUUCCAAGUGCAAUCAUUUCUCACGCCAUGCUGUUCUCUGGAGACCCCAGUGGAUUUUCUUCUUUGUAAAUAUGUAAUAACUGCACUGGUUGACCUUUUAGGAGCUAGAAGGUAUUUUACUUCGAAAGUGCUAACACCCUACUGUUAUACCUUAGAUGUUGAAAUUAAACUAGAUGAAGAAGGCUUUGUAUUACCCUUUACAGCUAAUGAAGAUGUCCAUAAAAGGGUAGCACUGUGCAUUGAUGGUCCCGACAGAUUCUGCUCGAACAGCAGUCACUUACUGGGGAAAGAAGCCGCGAAACAAAGACACCUGCGAUUGCUUGGCUAUCAGGUUGUUCAGGUCCCCUAUCAUGAGGUGGAGACGCUGAAAUCCAGGCUUGCGUUGGUGGAAUAUUUACAAGGCAAACUUUUCCCUCAGAACUCCCUUGUUCACCGCUAACAAGGGGACCGGCUUCCGGACACGAAGAGUGCUAGAACCUGUGUUCUGGAGGGACAGGUUAGGAAGAAAAAGUGAUUUUUGAAUGAGUCGUGUUGCCCUAUUUUGUGUAUGGACUGGUGAUCUGAAAAAGAGUGUGGUUUUCCUUAUACCAUGUGUAUAUUUAUUUGUAGUAGAUUUAAAAUAAUGCUAGUGUCAGAUAUUUUUACACACCAGAUCAAAUUGAUCAAGUAUAAUAAACAAUAAAUGUUCCUUUUGAAUCUUU